GCGUAGUAGCGGGGUGGGGUUCAUUGUGUUGCAUCACACGGAAGAAACGAGCCCACCGCUUCAGCAAUAACCCGCGAGAAAGCGCGGUCUGCAGCGGCUUUAUCACACGCACUGCACAUGUGGGUGGCUUUCCACGUGUCUGUAGAUUUAAAUAUCGUAAUUAAAGUGUCGUUAUAUAUGUUAUAUACAUUUACCGCGAGAGGCGGGAACAGGGGAGUAAGUUAGCUCGCGCUGUAACUUGACAACAUGGCCAUCCUAACCUUAGCCGCACGUGCGUGCAUCCUCCUGUGAGCGGACGGAAGAUUGAACCAUCAUCGCCGUGUUUUUCCGUGUUUUUCCGCCAUUUUUCAGUGUUUUUCUACCUUUUUUCAGUGUUUUUCUACCUCUGCGUUGACGACAUUAGCUGGUGACCAGAUGGAGAAGAAACCUUUGCCAGCAGACGACGACAAAACCGAAGCCACAGAAUCAGAGAUUGAUCGUUGUCUUGGUGAGGAGGGUCAGCAAGACUCGUCUGAGCCUGCCGCUCGAGCAGGGUGGAACAGUAAAAUAGAGUAUUUUUUGGCACAGGUGGGAUUCAGCGUCGGGCUUGGCAACGUCUGGCGGUUUCCGUAUUUGUGCCAUCAAAAUGGAGGAGGAGCUUUUCUCCUCCUGUACGUGCUGCUGAUGCUGGUUGUGGGAAUUCCCCUGUUCUUCCUGGAGCUGGCAGCCGGUCAAGCCAUCCGACAGGGGAGCAUCGGGGUGUGGAAGUACAUCUCCCCCAAGCUCGCAGGCAUCGGCUACUCCAGCUGUGUGGUGUGUUUCUUUGUGGCUCUUUACUACAAUGUGAUCCUUGCGUGGAGUCUUUUCUAUCUUGGUAACUCGUUCCAGUACCCUUUACCUUGGGAACAGUGUCCAAAACAGGACAACAUAACCGUAAAAGAAUGUGAAAAGAGCUCCGCCACAUCGUAUUUCUGGUACCGCAAAGCGUUGGAUAUCACAGACUCGAUUGAUGAAACGGGCUCGUUCAACACUUACAUCGUCUGCUGUCUGCUGGCGGCCUGGACCAUCGUGUGCCUGGGAAUGUUUAAGGGUAUCAAGACCUCUGUCAAGGUGAUGUAUUUCUCCUCCAUCUUCCCCUACGUGGUGCUGUUCUGCUUCCUCGUCCGAGGACUCAUGCUGGAUGGGGCUUUAGAUGGAAUCUCCUACAUGUUCUAUCCUAAGCUGGAAAUCUGGGGCGACAUACAAGUGUGGCGGCAGGCAGCAACACAGGUCUUCUUUGCCUUAGGCCUUGGUUUCGGGUCCAUUAUCGCCUAUUCCUCCUACAAUCCCAAGAACAACAACUGCCACCGGGAUGCCUUCACUGUCUCCGGUAUAAACUUCCUCACAUCUGUGCUGGCCACUCUGGUGGUGUUUGCUGUGCUUGGCUUCCGCGCCAAACAAAACAUCACAGCAUGUGUAACCAGUAAUCUUAAGAAGUUAGAUCAGCUUAGCAGUGGCCUGGACAAAAGUCUGAUUCCAGGCUUCAACUUUUCUGACCCCGAGUCUGUGACUGUGGAGGACUACAGUGCCUGGUUUAAACAGUCUGGAAAUCGCAUCCCUGGUAAUUUCACAGAGUGUAACCUGGAAAAAGAGAUGCAGAAGGGUGUGGAGGGCACAGGACUGGCUUUUAUUGCCUUCACAGAGGCCAUGUCACUCCUGCCCGGCAGCCCCUUCUGGUCAGCGCUCUUCUUCCUCAUGCUGCUAAACUUAGGACUCAGCACCAUGUUUGGCACUAUGGAGGGCAUCCUCGCACCGCUCACUGACCGCUUCAAGACUCUGGCCAACAACAAGACCAAACUGACAAUUUUCAGCUGCAUCAUUGGCUUUAUAAUCGGCCUGCUCUUCACGCAGCGUUGUGGGAACUACUUUGUUAUGAUGUUCGAUGAUUACUCUGCCACUCUGCCGCUCAUCAUCGUGGUGGUUUUUGAGACCUUCAGUGUGUCUUGGCUAUAUGGAGCUGAUAGGUUCCUUGACGACAUUGAGGCGAUGCUGGGCUGGCGUCCCCACGUCAUUUACAAGUACCUGUGGAAAUACAUCUGCCUACUUGCUAUGCUGGGGCUACUGGGAGCCACAACCAUUCGUAUGUUGAUCACGCCCCCCACUUAUAUGUCAUGGAACGAAGAGACGGCCUCUGAGGUGAAACUUGAGUAUCCUGGCUGGGCCCUGGCUGUUUUGGCUCUGCUGAUCAUAUUUGCCAUGAUGCCCGUCCCAGUGGCCUUAAUCCACGCUGUUCUGCAGGACCGAACAAAGCAAACAGCCAGAGACACAGAGAUUGGUCAGUACAGCAUUGUUAACACUGACGACAAUUGCGACACCCCGAUGACUGACAUGUCCGAGCUGGACCAAAGGAAUGGGACUCCUGCUUCCCUUUCCUAAGCAUUGGACGUGAUGUUACACAGUGGAAAUGACUUGCAGUGCAGUUCAGUGAAACAGAAAGUAACGUUGUGUCAAAAGAUUCCUUAUUUUAAUAUUUAAAAACUUCAUCCACUUUUUGUUGUUUACUUAAAUUAAGUCCAAACACAUCCAGAGGAUACUACUGUUCCAACAAGUACAACUUUUAGAACGUGUGGAACAAAUUACUGCUGUGUGGUAACAACAAGGUGCAGUUUAUAUCAACUGUUGGUUGUUACAGAGUUGUCCAAAUGAGCCAAAACGAUGUUUUUUUAGUUUUCACUAUAAGCCAUGAACACGUUCCUGAAUUUAGUUUAGUUUUGUGUGAAUUAUAAGUGUUCCCUUGUCCAGAUUUUGGAAAGUUUGUUUUUACUUUUCUAAUAGCACUCUGUCUGAGAAGCACCUUGUCAUUUAAUUUCUGAAUGACCCAAAUAUGUUUUUAAACUAAUUUUGUCAAAUUUACAGCCUAUCACUGUUCACUGUACUGUAUAGUGUCUUGUGUGGUCAUUUAAAAAAAAAAAAAGAACAUUAACAGAGACAGGUUAGCACGGUAAGCAGUACAGGUCCUAAACCAGAGAGCCAGAGGGUUGUAAAGAUUACUGCUGCGCUUUUGGGGUUUUGAUGAUUAUGAUUAUCGUUGAUAUCAAUGAUGCCAUCAUGAGACUGUUACAUCAGGAAAGCAUGAAUUCAACUAUGUCAAAACUAAGUACAGAUAUCAGGUACAAGUGUUUAAUGUUAUUUACUACACAGAAGCCAUCUAAUUAUGUUUACAGCUCAAAGAACACCUGAGUUACUUCAGUUUGCUAUCAUACUGUAUCUACACUGUAUCUUGGUGUAGCUUCACAGUUCAUACGACACCUGCCUGUUAACACUCCGUUCAAUCCAGCAGGUGAUAUACAGUAUCUGAGCAUACAGCUCCAAUAUCACUGUUUUUAUCGGUGUAAAAUAUCAAGUCAACUGUGAACGUGUCGGUUUCCAUUAGCAACAAAACCUGUGUAUUGAAUGGGGAGAAAUCACAAGAACCAACCAUGUGGUGGAGCACACAGGCUGUUCACAGCCUGCUGCCUGAUUUCUUUUUUUUUGCUGAACCGGUUUCUAAGCUGACAACAUGGUACAAAUAUUAAGGGAAUCUCCUAUUUGUAAUGUAUAUAUGUACAGGGCACAAGUAAAAUCAAGUAAAAUCAUCAAGAACAAAAAUGAACAUUUCUGGGAUUUUCCAACAUUUAUUAUUGAAAUCCCUUUUAUUAUUUUGUUUUUCUGUUAGCUUUGAUUUAGGAGGAACUAGUUCCUGCAUGUUAAAACAAGACAAUGUACUUCAGAUUUUAUGUGUAUGUAAAUGAAGGUGUUUAUUUUGUUUAAAAAAAAUUAGACUUAAUUUCUUGGUCAUGUUGUCUUGUUUUUGUAGAUGAUGUACUUUUAUUCUGUUUUUGUCUUUUACGUUUUCAGGGAGUUACUAUCUCAUAAUGUCUCAACUUUAACUUCUGUUGAAUGUUUUGUACCAAGGUUAAGUGCCUUCAAAUUUAAUAAGGCUGAUUGAACAAACCCAUUUUAAACAUUUCAACACGUGUAUCAUUUCAGAUCUUUUGGUAGAUCUCUUCAGUCUUGUAUGUAGUCUGUAAGUGUGUACAAAAUGAAUUUUGGAGAAAAUGUAAUAUAAUGUCAUUGCAAUGUAAUAUAUUUUUUGCUAUUUUUAUUAAAUUCUUUCUUCAGCA